AUGCAACUGAAAGAUUGGCUGAUCGAUGGCAAUAACAAUGCCGUUUUGCAAAAUGAACUUUUGAAGCUAUCCAAUCCGACGUUCAAAGAUGUGCGGGCUAAUUGUGAACAAUAUCAAGACAUUCGUGUCGCUACUUCCUCCCUGCGGUCCACCAUUGAAUCUACAGCCAUGUUCAAUUCACUCAAGAUUAAAUCCACGAAAGUUCAUGCUACAGCCGGACGUUUCAAACCAGUCACACAAUCUAACUCACACAAUGUGACAUAUUUGGAUAAAUCCUAUGGCAAUUGUGCAUCCUGUAGCAAACGUUGUUCCAGAUUCACAUGUCGAUUUCGUUACGCUUUAUGUCAUUAUUGUAGCAAAACUGACCAUAUUCAGUCUGGCGCAGUACAAGAACCUGCCGUUUAA